UAAAACACCAAAACUGUUUUUAAAAAACAGAAACAUAAAAAAAACACUAUUCAAAGAAAGAAAAAAAAAAUGGUGUUGGAAGAGAAAGCCAAGAGACGAAGAAGAGAGCUUCCAACCCCACAGCAUUAAAUCCACUCCCCAUUUCCAUGCUCCAGUUUCCUCUCUGCUCACUCUCCAUUGAUGGUGGAUGGCGGCGCUCCGGCACUGAAUGGGCGGAGACGACGGCGGUGGCGGCGGCUGUGGGGUUUCUCCGGAACUUGCCUCGCAGACGGAGGCGGAAGCGGCAGCGCAACCGCUAGAGCCGUUGUGCCGGUCGGUCUCCGGGGCCCAACUUCGGGACGCUCCGAUUCUUCUCUUUGUGUUCUUCCACAAGGCUCUGCGUGCAGAGCUCGCAGAGCUACGGCGGUUGGCGGCGGCGGAGAGUGGGUGCCGCGGAGGCAGCAGUAACGGCAAUCUGGUCGUCGAAAUCCGCCGGCGGUUCGAGUUUUUGAAGCUUUUUUAUAAGUAUCAUAGUGCUGCGGAGGAUGAGGUGAUCUUUCUAGCACUAGAUGUGCACAUAAAAAAUGUGGCACAUACAUAUUCACUUGAACAUAAAAGCAUAGAUGAUCUCUUCAGCUCUAUUUUUCAUUGCUUGGAUGUUUUAAUGGAAGGUGAUGCAAAUACUGCCAAGCCAUUUCAAGAACUCGUACUUUUAAUCAGCACAAUUCAAACCACCAUUUGCCAUCAUAUGCUGAAAGAAGAAGAGCAGGUUUUUCCUUUGCUUAUGAAGCAAUUCUCUCCCCAAGAACAGGCUUCUCUUGUUUGGCAGUUUAUGUGUAGUGUUCCUGUACUCCUGCUGGAGGAUUUCUUACCAUGGAUGACUUCUUUUCUUUCUCCAGAGGAACAAGUGAAUGUAGUGAAUUGUAUAAAAGAAGUUGUACCUGAGGAAAAACUGCUGGAAGAGGUGGUAAUCUCCUGGCUUGGUAACAAUAACCAACCUUUUGGAUCCCCCACUAGAAUUGGAGAAGAAGCUCAAAGUGUUGGACCUGCAAAUUUGAAGGAUGCACUGAAAGUGUAUUCAUCUAAGAGUUUUUCUACAGAAAUUCGGCAAUGGAAGGAAGUGUUUGGUCUCAAGACCAAUGUUGGACAAAAUCCAGUUGAUGGCCUUCAUCUUUGGCAUGGUGCCAUUAGGAAAGAUUUGAAAGGAAUUUUGGAGGAGCUAUAUCAAAUAAGAAGCUCAGACAGUUUCUCAACAUUAGCUUCAGUUAUUGUCCAGCUAAAAUUUCUUGCAGAUGUUCUUAUCUUCUAUAGCAAUGCAUUGGAUAAAAUAUUUUAUCCUCUGUUAGAUCUGCUUUCCGAUGGCUGCCUCUCUCCCUCCUACAAACGAUUUCCAGAUGAAAGUCAAAUUGAAGGUCUACAGAGAUUGUUACACUAUAAUGCUAAAAAUGGGAUCCCUUUGUCCAAGUUUGUGGAGAAGCUUUGUUGGGAACUGGAGUCUUUUGUUAUGGGGAUUGGUGACCACUUGGUUUUUCAAGAAAUGGAGGUAUUUCCCCUUAUUAGCGCAAAGUGCAGCCAUGAACUGCAGAAGUGGCUACUGUACAUGAGCCUUCUUAUGAUGCCACUUGGAUUGCUGAAAUGUGUAAUUACCUGGUUCUUGGCUCAUUUAUCUGAGGAAGAAUCCAAGUCUAUUCUGAAAAGCAUAAAGCAGGAAGAUUCUUUAGUCAAUAUGUCCUUUGCAUCCCUCUUGCAUGAGUGGGUUCGCAUUGGUUAUUCAGGUAAAACCUCAGUGGAAAAAUUCAGAAAGGACUUGCAGGAAAUGUUCAAGAGCAGAAGCUCUUUUCACUCUGAUCAAAUUGAGGAAGAUGGUCGAUCUUUUUUCUCACCUUCAGAUGCAAAACCUUGUGAAAGAUCUAACCCUGGGCUGAUGAAACCAAUCCCUGGCAACAAGGCCACUCAUUCUGUGAAUGAUUCUUCAUCCUCUGGUUCCCACACCUCUGAGAAGUAUGGUACAUCCUACUCAAGUGGGAUCAAUUUGCAUAUAUUUUUCCCUGGGACAUUGAAGAUAUUCCAUCCUGUCCCUAACUUUCCUGAUGGGAUGGGUGAUGCCAGUUCCAUUCUUAAUCUUGAACCAAGACCAGUGGACCUUAUCUUUUUUUUCCACAAGGCCCUCAAAAAAGACCUGGAAUUCCUUGUCUUUGGUUCAGCUAAGUUGGCUGAAAACACUGGAUACCUUGCUGACUUCCAUCGGCGCUUUCGUCUCAUACGUUUUCUCUAUCAAAUUCAUAGUGAUGCAGAGGAUGAGAUUGCCUUUCCAGCUUUGGAGGCAAAGGGAAAAGGCCAGAACAUUAGCCACUCGUACACAAUUGACCACAAAUUGGAAGUUGAACACUUCAAUAAAUUAUCCUUUAUUCUAGAUGAGAUGUCCAAAUUGCAUAUUUCAGUUUCUGGUGUUCAUUUCGAUAAGAUGGAUCAGAGAAUGCUGAAGUACCAUCAGCUGUGUAUGAAGCUCCAUGAUAUGUGCCAAUCACUGCAGAAGAUACUAUGUGAUCAUGUUAAUCAUGAAGAGAUUGAACUUUGGCCCCUAUUCAGAGAAUGCUUCUCCAACAAGGAGCAAGAAAAGAUAAUAGGAAGCAUUCUUGGAAGAAUGAGAGCAGAAAUCCUACAGGAAAUAAUACCCUGGCUUAUGGCAUCUUUAACACCAAAAGAACAGCAUGCCAUGAUGUCCUUAUGGCGUAAGGCUACCAAAAAUACAAUGUUUGAAGAAUGGUUAGGAGAAUGGUGGGAUGGUGUGAAUCAGUAUGACAUAGCUAAGGUGGUGGAGGAGUCAAAAAUGCCUCAGCCAUGGUUGGCUGAUCCAUUAGAAGUUGUCUCGAGGUAUCUUUAUAAAGAAGAUACUGGUGAGGAGGUUUCUGAAAAAAGUGAUGAGUUUCUGCUAAACGAUUCUGUCAGCGCUAAUAUUAUGCUGCCUGGAAAUCAUGCUGUGGACAAUAAAGAAAAACUUCUUAAUGAAGACCACGACAAUCACCAAUGCUCAGAAUGUAAGAAGCCUUACAGUGAAAAUGAGAAGAAGAGAUCCAAUGAAGUAGCUGAUGUAACAAAUCAGGUCAAUAGACCAGGUCAGCUUUUGCAAGAUAAUCAGCAGUUCAGCCAUCAGGAGCACCUUCUGUCAAUGAGUCAGGACGAUUUGGAAGCUGCAAUAAGAAGAGUAUCCCGUGAUUCUUCUUUAGAUCCUCAAAAGAAAUCACAUAUAAUCCAGAACCUGCUAAUGAGUCGCUGGAUUGUCAGACAACAAAAAUCUCAUUCAGAAGUUGCUGUCUUGGGUAGUGGGAAAGAAAUUCCAGGUCAAUGUCCAUCUUAUCGGGACCCUCUCAAACUAACUUUUGGUUGCAAACAUUACAAGAGGAACUGUAAGCUUGUUGCAGCCUGCUGCAACCAGCUUUAUGCAUGCAGACUUUGCCAUGAUGAUGUGACUGAUCAUUCAAUGGAUAGGAAAAAAACUACAAAGAUGAUGUGCAUGAGAUGCUUGGUAAUUCAACCAGUUGGUCCAACAUGCUCUACUGCUUCUUGUGAUAAUUUAUCUAUGGCAAAAUACUAUUGCAGGAUCUGCAAAUUUUUUGAUGAUGAAAGGGAAAUCUACCACUGCCCUUACUGUAACCUAUGCCGAGUUGGGAAGGGAUUGGGAAUUGACUAUUUUCAUUGUAUGAAUUGCAAUGCUUGUAUGUCGCGAUCUCUUUCUGUGCAUAUAUGUAGAGAGAAGUGGAUGGAGGAUAAUUGCCCUAUUUGCCAUGAAUUCAUCUUCACCUCAAGCUCUCCAGUUAAGGCUCUACCAUGUGGUCAUUUGAUGCACUCAGCAUGUUUUCAGGACUACACUUGUACUCAUUAUACCUGCCCAAUCUGUAGCAAGUCACUUGGGGAUAUGCAGGUUUAUUUUGGGAUGUUAGAUGCAUUGUUGGCUGAAGAGAAAAUUCCAGAUGAGUAUUCUACGCAGACUCAGAUGAUCCUGUGCAAUGAUUGUGAGAAGAGAGGAACUGCUGCUUUCCAUUGGCUUUAUCACAAGUGCCCUUAUUGUGGUUCAUACAACACAAGGGUUAUAUGACUCCAUUGCAUAGUGAGUGUAACUAAUUGUUACUCUCAAGCUAGUUCAUGUAGAAUAAUGAGUUGUACAUUCCAUUAGAGACCACUUGGAACUGGAAAACAACUCUUAUCUUUAUGACUUUGAAUAAUUUGGCUGAUAUCUAUGAUGAUAUCUUAGCUGAUGCAGUAUUCUAGGGUUUGUACCAAAAAGGAAGAAGAAUAUGAAGAAAAGUGAACAUUGAGGAAGAGGGAGUUGUGCAUCCUCUCACUCUGAAAGUAAAUAAAACCUCACAAUACUCUUCUCUA